AUGGCGUGGAGUCCAAUGUGCCUCUACACUUGGCACGCCUUCUGGUUCUUCUGCCACAGUCUCAUCGCUUGCCACAGUCUUCCGACCAACAUCGCUUGCACCUUUGAAUCGACCGAUUGGUGCGGCUGGUAUUAUCCGGGCGGCACUUGGGGGAAUGCUCCUAUGUAUUGGUAUCGCCGGUGGGGCUCCACGCCAUCGUCCGGUACUGGGCCAAGUGGGGCAAAGGAAGGGUCAUACUAUCUCUACGUGGAGGCUUCAGGAUCGGCCAACAACCCUUACAAGUCUUUCUGGCUAUACAGCGCAACUUUUUCAGCGAAGUCGAACUGGCUGUUUAGCUUUGGGUACCACAUGUAUGGGAGCACCAUGGGCGAACUUUCUCUUGAAGGGCGCGACGGCACCACGUACACCACUUUGUGGCGAGUAUCUGGCAGUCAAGGAUGGGCAUGGUUGGAUGCGCAUGUGAUUGUGCCGAGUUCGGUCAAUAAAUUUCGCUUCGUUGCAAAAACUGGGUAUAGCUGGAGCAGUGACAUCGCCAUUGAUGGCCUGGUGGUGAGAAGCAUAGACCGCGAAAACUUUAUGGUCCUCUCUGGUCCAUGUGCAUCGACAGGCGGUUGCGUGACGAGCCCCAACCAUCCCCACAACUAUGGGAACUCUGAAUCCUGUGAGAUUCUAGCUCCCGAAGAGCCACUCUAUUUCACGCAGUUUGCCACCGAAGAAGGCAAGGAUGCCUUGACCUUUGGUGGUCAGGCUUAUUCUGGAUCUGCUGGGCCGCCGCAGGGCGCUACAACUUCAUUGAUGAUUCUGUGGAACUGCGACGUCGCCAACACUUUCAGUGGGUGGCAGAUAUGCACUGCCUAUGAGUUGACACUUGUCUUUUGCAAACCAAACUUCACAUGA